UGAAAUGGCGUUAGCAAUAAAGCUGCUUCAUUUCUAUUAAAAAAAAACAAAAAAACACUCAAAGCCUUGCCAACAGGUGUGUUUUGUCUUCCUGAAUCAAUUAUGAACAUGAACAGUACAUGGAAUAGUCCAUUGUGUGAGAAGGGACCUAUUGAAAAAAAUACGCAAGAAAAGAAAGGAGAAAGAAAGGGCUAGCUUCAUGAGGAAUCCGUUCAAGCACGCCCGCCAGCUUCUAGAGGAGAAAAGAAACGGGAAACUGGAAGCCACCAAGGAGGAGCUUGAGCAGUACAUCAGGGGCCAAUACAGUGACUCAAAGAGGAACGAUCCGUUAGGUUCACCAGGAUACGUACCUCCUCCCCCACCUCCAACCACGCAGUUUGACAGCUGCCCUCCUCGACUGAGCGAGGUAAGAGCAGUGGUCAAGAAAGCGAGGUCAGCAUCAGCUCCUGGGCCUAACGGAAUCCCCUACAAGCUAUACAAGAACUGCCCCCAAGUGCUGAAAUCCUUGUGGAAGCUAAUGAGCACAGCAUGGAAGAAACUACUCAUUCCGUCGGAGUGGCAAAGAGCUGUGGCGGUGUUUAUUCCGAAGGAACAGGAGUCCCAUAACAUCAACCAAUUCAGGAGCAUUGCUCUGUUGAAUGUCGAGGGAAAGAUCUUCUUUGCAGUCAUGGCCAAGAGACUAACAUCUUAUCUCACAGCGAAUGGCUAUAUUGACACCAGCUGCCAGAAAGCAGGAGUACCAGGUUUUCCAGGAUGCGUGGAGCAUUCUUCUAUGAUUUGGGCACAGAUCCAGAGGGCCAAGCAGGAGAAGAACGACCUCCAUGUGGUGUGGCUUGACCUCGCCAACGCUUAUGGUUCUGUCCCUCACAAACUCAUCCAGUUUGCAUUGGAAUUCUUCCACGUCCCUGUUUCCAUCAUCAACCUGGUAACCAGCUACUUCAGGGACUUUCAGAUGUGUUUUAGCCUCCAAGAUUUUACAACAGGAUGGCAGCGUCUGGAAGUAGGCAUAGCCAUGGGGUGUUCCAUCUCCCCAGUCCUCUUUGUCGCAGCUUUCGAAAUCAUCCUCCGCGGAGCCCGUGAGACUGUAAGUGGGAUGAGGCUGCAGACAGGGCAGAGGCUUCCACCACUCCGAAGCUACAUGGAUGAUGUCACUGUGGUGCUGCAAACAGCCCCAUGCAUGAGAAGGUGUCUGAAGAGGCUGGAUGAGCUAGUGACAUGGGCACGGAUGAAGAUAAAACCCUCCAAGUCACGAAGCCUCUCCUUGCGCAAAGGCACCAGGAACGACAAAACCAUCUUUGUUGCAGGAGGUGAGCAAAUCCCUCUACUGGUCAACCACUCCAUCCAAAGCCUGGGGAGGCAGUACAAUGCGGACCUGUCGGACAAGCACGCAGGCAAAGCAGCACGGAAAAAACUCUCAGAAGGCCUAGCGAGCAUCAACAAGAUCCAGCUCCCCGGAAAGUACAAGUUGUGGUGCUACAACUUCACACUGUAUCAAAGGGUUAUGUGGCCACUGAAGAUGUGCGAGAUUCCAUCCUCAACAGCCAACGGGUUGGACAGAGUAGCAAACUCCUACAUCCGAAAGUGGCUGGGCCUACCGCGUUGCUUCUCCGACACUGGCUUGUUUGGGGCAACUUCACUGCAUCUGCCGAUUCAGUCCAUCGCCCUGGGCUACAAGCAGGAGAAGGCCAGAUUGGUUCUCGAGCUGGAAGAAUCCUCAGAUCCUACAGUGAGGAAUGCACAGGUACCAAUCCGAACAGGCCGGAAGUGGCAAGCAGGGCCAGAGGUUGCCAAAGCCAUUGGCAGGCUCCAACACCAGGAGAUAGUUGGCAGGGUGCAAGUAGGAAGAGCGGGGCUUGGCUGGGGAGAUUCUCCACGCCUUUGGUCCAAGGCCACAAAGAGGGAACGCAGAGCCAUGGUUGUAGAGGAGGUCUCAAGGGGGAACCAGGAGCAAUAUACUAUCAAGGCCGUGUCUCAAGGUCGCCAAGGAAGAUGGACCACUUGGGAAGGUACCCUUAGCAGACCCAUCAGCUGGGCCGACCUAUGGAAGAUGCCCCAAGCCAGACUCAGCUUCCUACUCAGGGCAACUUACGACACCUUGCCAUGCCCCAGAAACCUCCACCAGUGGUACGGCCAGGAGGAGAGCUGUCCCCUGUGUGGUGCUCCCAACGCCAGCCUGCAGCACUUGCUAUCAGGCUGCAAGAUCGGGCUGACACAGGGUCGCUUCAGAUGGCGGCAUGAUCAAGUCCUGAUGAAACUGGCAGAAAUCCUGGAGAGCAGUAGACGAGAGGCCAACAGCCAACCCAUAGCCAAACAACGUUCUGUCAUGUUUGUGAGGCCAGGGGAAGGCAAAGGAGACACCAGCCGAAGAGGCCCCCGCAGUGUCCUCUCUCUGGCAAGGGACUGGAGUAUGAGGGCUGACAUUGGCAAACAGCUCCAAUUCCCCCGUGAGAUCACCACCACUUCACUCCGCCCAGACAUUGUGCUGUGGUCUGCUGUUACCAAGUCUGCCAUGCUGGUUGAGCUUACCAUCCCCUGGGAGGAGGGAAUCCAGGCAGCAUACGAGCGCAAAGCAGCCAAGUAUGCAGAUCUGGCUGCUGAGUGCAGAGAGGCAGGCUGGUCCACUACCAUCUACCCUGUGGAAGUAGGCUGUCGGGGCUUCGUCGGUACAUCAACCAUAAGGCUGCUCCGAGAUGUGGGAUUGACUGGGGCUAAGCUCCGAAGGGAAACAAAGGCCCUUGCUGAGGAAGCAGAAAAGGGAAGUUUCUGGUUGUGGCUGAGGAGGAGGGAUAAGUACUGGGGGUCGAGGCAAUAAGAUGGGUCAGCUGCAGGGGGUGGCAGGGAGACGUCCCUGCCACCGCUCCGCCACCAGGAGGCGUUCCGGGGUUAAAGAGAGCGAAACUCCAAUGAGCGGUGGUCUCCGGCUGAUGACCCUGCAGCUGACCCAAGGCGCUGUAGGAGGCGCGUCAGGCAUACUUGCCCAGCAGAAACAACACCAUAUCUGUACAAUCAAUCCGAGUAUUAUUAUGGUGUGUGCACAAGGCAAGACAUAUUAUCUGACGUUUUGUUUCGAAAAACUUUGCAAAAGUAACUUCUGGUACCUGCUGAUCUGUAUUUGGGAUCUGUUGAAGUCCCAAAAAUGUGUGCUCGUCCUCGAGUCGAUAAGCUUCUUCUUUUUCCUCUAUCUUCUUGUUAUGUGACAUUCAUCCUAUGCUGUUGUCAUUUCUAAAAUCAAGUAGUGUAAAGUUUUUACUUAUACAGUAUCUGUCAGUAAACUCGCCAUGAACGCGCUAAAACAUAACUUUUUAGUAAGUUUACAUUAUUCACCCAAUGAACUUUGGUUAUUCGAGUUCCAGUCGGACAGUUUUUCAAAGGACACAUUUCUUGUGUUGUUGUUUCUGGAUGAGGAAAUGCUGCUCUGUUAUUGAUUAAGGAAAGUGUGAAUGUCAUUAAAACAGUUAGCUCCAUCUUUUGACACUUCUUCCACUCCCGUCCUUGCACGCUACACCACUACAACAAAGAUGACGGGGAGAAGACGAUGUCAAAGGCAAGCCACGUAAAUAAGACCGCCCACAAAACGACGCAUCUGUAAGCGACUGUCAGAAAGCUGCUUAAAGAUGAUCAGUAUAACAUAAUCUAUGCAACAUUUUGACCAAAGAACCACCAUUACAUGUUAUGUAGACCUGUGUUUUUCAACCUUUUUGGAGCCAAGGCACAUUUUUUGCAUUGAAAAAUCCGGAGGCACACCACCAGCAGAAAUCAUUAAAAAACAAAACUCAGUUGACAGUAAAAAGUUGUUGUCACAAUUGUUGGAUAUGACUUUAAACCAUAACCAACC